AUGGAAGGCAACGAGCGAACGCCGCUUCUCCGAGAGGCGCGAGAAGAUCCCAUCCAAGAGCCCCGCGAAGAAGAAAAUGCGAACUCUAAGAAGUCAACUGGCAGACUUGUCAUCUAUGGCUCUUUCAUGGGUGUUUUCCUCGCAGCUGCCGAUGAAUCCCUCCUUCUUUCCACUUGGAGUAUGAUCGCAUCCGAAUUCGACGCGCUCUCGUAUGGAUCAUGGCUAUUAAUGACUUAUAACCUUGGAUACUGCAUGUCCUUGCCUGUGUAUGGCGUCUUAUGUGGUUCGUUUGGCCGCAAAAAUGUGCUUCUCGGUGCCUAUGCUCUUUUCGCUAUAGGAUGUAUUGUUUGCGGCACGAGUAUGACAUAUACUCAGUUAGUGCUCGGAAGAUUCAUUGCGGGAGUUAGUGGCGGUGGGAUGGUCUCACUUGUCUCAAUUCUCAUCACCGAUCUCGUCCCCCCUGACGAUGUACCCGUCCUUCGAGGCUACGCUAACGUUAUAAAUGCCACUGCCCGAAGCCUUGGUGCCCCGCUGGGAGGUAUUCUUAUCGAUUCCAUUGGAUGGCGAUGGUCAUUCCACGGUCAACUACCUUUAAUCGCUUUUUGCAUCCUAAUAACUAUACGCGGCAUCCCAUCCGACUCCAAUACAAGCAACAAUAAGGGUGAACCGGAAGGAGAGACUCCUCGCCCUAGUUUCUCCGGUUUUGAUUUCAGUGGCCUCAUCAGCUUUUUUGCUGCCAUAAUCCUUUUCUUCGCAACGCUACAAGAGUUAGAGUCUGCAACUUACCAGUCCUGGCGUCUGGCGACUCUAAUCUCUACCUGUAUCAUUGCGACUUUAACUUUUAUCUUUAUCGAGACAUAUUGGGCAAAAAGACCAUUGAUCAAAGUAUCCCUAUUUCGAACAUCAACAGGUGCAUACCUCGCGAAUCAACUGCUGCUGUUAUCUAGUCACUCAGUCAUGCUCAGCAACUUUGUGCCGUACAUCAUCAGACUUCAGAAUACCACGAGCCUUUUCGCUACGUCCGCGUUCAUUGUAGGGGCAACCGGGGUUUCUGUUGGGACAAGGCGAUAUAAACCUAUAACGGUCAUUGCGGUCUGCGGUCUAGCGGCCACCUUCCUUAUCAUGCUUCUUCGCUGGCGAGUUAGCUUUGAACGAUGGGAGCUUGUCUACUUGUUCCCCAGUGGUAUUUGCCUCGGAAUUCUCUUCGUGACGCAAUUCACAGGCAUGACUCAAACCGCCCCGAAGGAAGAACUAGCAGUGUGCAUCACCACAUACUAUUUCUUCCAACAACUUGGUACCAUUAUCGGACCUGCAACGAGCGUAGUUAUCGUUCAACACAGUUUCCAGAAACAGCUCGAAAAAGCCUUGAAGGGACUUCCGGCAGAAAAGUUAAUUUCCAAGAUCGUCAACGAUGAAAGAUUUGCUUGGAGCUUGAGCCCUGAUAUUCUGGCUAUUGUCCAACGGACUUAUAGGAAUGCUUUCCAGUUCGCACCAUUGAUCUCGAUUGCGUGCGCUUUGGCCAUGCUCCCUAGUGCCGCAUGGUUGAAAGAGAAAGCGCUCGAAUAG